GGUUAAGCGAGGCCGCGUUAGGCGCCGACGCAUGCGCACAGUUAAUUGCGCCCGGUUCGGCUCCCCUUUCUUGGCCAGAGGCGCUUAUUGAACUCACCGCCGGGGCAUGAUGGUGGUGGGUACAGGCACGUCGCUGGCGCUCUCUUCUCUCCUGUCCCUGCUGCUCUUCGCUGGGAUGCAGAUGUACAGCCGCCAGCUGGCCUCCACCGAGUGGCUCACCAUCCAGGGGGGCCUGCUUGGCUCUGGCCUCUUCGUCUUCUCUCUCACUGCCUUCAAUAAUCUGGAGAAUCUUGUCUUUGGCAAAGGAUUCCAAGCAAAGAUUUUCCCUGAGAUUCUCCUCUGCCUCCUGUUGGCUCUCUUUGCAUCUGGCCUCAUCCACCGAGUCUGUGUCACCACCUGCUUCAUCUUCUCUAUGGUUGGUCUGUACUACAUCAACAAGAUCUCUUCCACCCUGUACCAGGCAACAGCUCCAGUCCUCACACCAGCCAAGGUCACGGGCAAGGGCAAGAAGAGAAACUAACCUUGAAUGUUCAAUAAAGUUGAUUCUUUUUA